UGCCCAUUGCGUAUCGACGUUUUGAACCAAGUGAUGGCGCGAUGGCAAGGCAACCGUACACAGCUUUGUGCCAAUGCCAGUAAUCGAACGUUCUUUGUUGAGGUGUGUUGUUAAUGUGGACACAACAUCCACGAUAAAUAAACGUAACUACCUUUAGUGACUGACAUUAAAUAAGUAGUUGUUAAGCUUUUAAAUUUCAAGUGUGUUAGUUUCAAGUAACUGUGACAUUCCUUCCCACAACCCAUAAGGUGAUCGAUUGUUUGAGGUUGAAUGGGAAAAGGAGUAGUGCGAGUGGAACUAUGGCUGUGACAUGGGCGAUUUAGCGGAAGCCGUUGAAGACCUUAUCUGCACAUUCGACGGAACAGGUGAUACUACCAUGGAUACCUUAGCAAUGUUCGUCUUCGGCUGGAUCCUCGCCGCUUUGUUCGUGCUGUGGCUGGGGAAGAUCAUCUACGCUAGAUUUAUAGCGAAAUCGAACGAAACGAAAACGAAAGUCGAACCGGUCAAAGCUGCUGAAGUUAGUGUUGAUACGGUUGAUACGAAAGCUGUGAAGAAGACUGUUGUUAGUGCCCCGAAGAGCGGGGGUGGCGGCAAAGGCGGCGGCGGUUACGUCCCUCCGACGCCGCCGGUGCGGAAGAGGCUGACGAGGCAGAGUCCCACGCCCGAGGUCAGGAAAGUCAAAUACGUGCCUGCACCCCAGUGUACAGGACCGGACAACGUUUGUGUUUUGUGGGUUAAUGACGUGUUCCAGUGGUUGUACAAUGAUCUGGUCAUCGUCAACGAACUCCUCUCCGUGUGGCUCCAAUCCAUGAACGAGCACAGCAAGAAGACUGUUGAAGAGCAAGGAGUCGGAGUGGAGUUCGUUCGCAUCUUACCCGAGACACAUCCUCCAGUUCUAUCGAAUAUUUUUGCCGAGAACGAUUCGAAAGAUGAUGUGACAAUCACAUGCGACUGUGAAGCAACACCUGCAUUUCAAUUAAAAAGCUUCCGCCAAAAAGGUGACAAAGUCGAAACAUCACAUUACAGAGUUAAUAUUAAUCGCUUUAGGGCAAGGUUAAACAUCUUUUGUGUAUCUGAAAAAUUGCAAGCCGACGUUAAGUGCGACGGAUGGCCUGAAAUUAAAGUGGCACUCGCACCCGUUGGUAACAUCAAGAAUAAUUUAGAUGAAACUCAUCUUCAAGAAGUUAUCAAUGAAAUUAUCAUCAAUGCCCUCAGAACCACCGAAGUACAUCUCAAUCUGGCGCAGUAUCCGACUUGCCCAAGACUCAUUCGACAUGUGGCUACGACCCCAGGACUUAUGUUACCCCUUCACUACGACAGCAUGUCGAACGCCUACACUUCAACCCCAAAUCACAUGUCGUCACAUCUCGGCCAAGUUCCAGGAGAAAAACGGCUACUAGUGAAGGUCGUCCGUGCAGCACAACUGGGGGCAAAGCAAGGCUGUGCUCAACCCUACUGCGUCGUAGAACUGGAUGAACCACCCCAGAAAAACCAAACUUCCGUGCAGAAGAAUACCGACUCUCCCUUCUGGGACGAACACUUCUUAUUUGACUUAUCUCCCAAUACCGCUGAAGUUUUGUUCGAAGUUUACGAUCAUGCAACCAAGCCGCCUAAAUUUCUUGGUUUGGCUAUCGUGGGAGUGGACGAACUAAUCGUGAAUCCAUCGCAGAGGCAGAUUAUUUCGCUUCAGAGUAGACCGUACGAAAGUGAUCCCGUUUCAGGGACUCUUACCAUUGAGUUUUUGUUUAUCGAAGGAGCUGAUAUUCCAAACAUUGGUAGCAGUCAACCGUAUAAGAUUAAAGAAACCAUUAAACCGAUAACUCCUACUAAUAGUCUUAGACUAAAUUCUAGCCCAACGUUCCAAAAUGAAAACUUGACCAAUGGCGACCAUUUUGCUGAAAGAAGUUUAGAUAGAAAUAGACAAGCUCAGAAUGCAAGUGUUAAUAAGAACACUUUAGUUAUACAUAGUGUUCAACGACAACCAUCCCAAAGGCUCGUGAAGGUUGCACUGACUGACGGCACCUGGAAAGAAAUUGAAAGAGUUGAAAAAGUAAACGAUGAAAUAAUCAACGAAGAAAAAUUAGAAGAGAAACCAGAAACGAUUGAAGAGAGUAUUGAAAAUUUGAACGGCAAUGUAAGCAACGAAUUAAAUGGCACUACCGAUAACAAAGAUCUGUCGUCAGAGGCUGACACAUCCAAGCAGCCUGGUGAUUACUCAAACACCGGAACCCUUCAAUCCCAAGCCCCCUCAGACUUAGAUUACCGUGGACGUCCACGAAGGAGACGCGACUUUUUCGGAACAAUUAAACGAAAGCUUGGAAAGUCUCGUUCAAAAUCAGUGGGACCUGAGAAUGAUGCAACCCGAGACGAUUCUCUGAACCGAUCCGUUUCGGCUGAUAGAACCCGAAAUGAUGAGGGGUAUCGGUUGAACGUGCCGGGUCAGAGGUCAAUGGAUGAGACAUCCAGAAGAUCCAGUCUUUCUGAAGCCUCAGGACUUAGCAGUGCCUCGACUAGAACAUACAUUAAUGAAGCUAGCACACUGGUGCUUGAAACUCUCGAAAAUGGGAUCAAGAAGCACUAUCUGGUUCCUCUGUCAUUAGCACAGAAAUCUAAAUGGCGGAAAAAGGGCAUAAAACUCCAUAUUUUCAACGAUCAUACAUUCAUUGCUAAGCACUUGACUGGUGGCACUGUUUGUCAAGUGUGUGGUAAAAGCAUAGCUAGGAGAAUUGGGAAACAAGGAUAUGAAUGUCGUGACUGUUUAUUGAAGUGUCAUAAGCACUGUCACGUUAAAGUCAAUGACAACUGUCCCACGUCCACGAUUCACAACAUUGAAUUGUCCAUGCUUCCUGUACUGAGUGAAUAAUAAUUGGUCUUACAUCACGAAUCCAUACACCGACAAAAACAUCCGAAUGCUUUAAAACUACUCUCUGGUUACCAGGCAUCUUUUUUAAUUAAACGGGUAGUUUAGUGUUACAUUAGUGUUAAGCCUACCUAUAAAGCACAACGUUCUUAAGCUAUACAGCUAUAAAUCACACAUUUUGUUUUUAUGUUAAUUUUAUUUACACAAUUAUUAUAUAUUUUUUUAACUGAAUUUAAUCAUUGUUUUAAAGGAAAAUGUUUGAAUUUGUUUUUAUUAUUUAUUUGUAAAUACUUGUUUGAAGUUUGUACUUGUUUCAAAUCCUUAAAAAGGAUCUGACUUAAAUAUUUGUUAAUAUUAUGAUCUGUUUAACUCUAUUUACAAUGUUGUACUAAUUAUUAUUAUUGCAUCAAAUAUCUUUGUAUCAAAAAAUGUUAUUGGCAGAUGAAAUCUAUUACAUGUUUCGGUAAGUGCCUGUACUUUAAACAAUUUAAGAUCUUUGUAUUUCUACAUAAUACAUAUAAUGCUAUUUAAGAAAACAUUGGGUGUUUUGUUAAGCCUGAGGUGUAAGUAUUCAAUAUUUAUAUUUUCUUUUGUUAAAAGCAUAAAUGGAAAAUAAAUUAAUACAUUUUAACUA